UUUGGGUGUAGUGCUUGCAUGGACUGUAGAGUUCAGCACGUGCACAAGCGUUCUAUCAAGGCUGGGAAAGCGUCCACCAGGGACUGGUGAUAGCAUGCUCCCGGCAUCCAUGGCUGGAGACAUUAUGUGGGUGUUUGCAGGUUCUAUGCUUACAGAUGUAGCUGGCAAGACAACCUGCAGUGAAGGAGCAACCAAUGAAUCUGCAUUUCCUGCACAAUCGGCAAACGCCAUUCAUCGCUUCCAACCCAGUUUAGGAAGCAGUUGUAACUGAUUCUAAGGACAACAUGAACAACACAACAGACUCAGAGGACCUUGGGGAAGGUACAGGCUCACCAUCUGAGUCGCGCAUUAAGCACAUCUUCCACGGUGAUAUCAAGGUUAAAGUUGAGCGAAUACGCAUUGAAGGUCUUGGGAGAACUAAAGAUGACUUUAUCGUAAAGCAUGUGAGCCAACUCUUUGAAGCGGAGACCUUCAAAGAUGUGAUCUUCAAGUCUGGAGUGGUGAAACAAGAACUGGAGGAACUGGAUAUGUUUCAGGGAGUUGGAGUUCUGAUUGACACCAGCAAAGGUCCAAAAGCGAGACCAGAUGGCGUUGACGUUACAGUCAUUGUCAAAGAAUCCAGGAGACUCACUGGGAAUGCUCAUACUUCUGUUGGAAACAACGAAGGCAGUUUAGUUUUGGGAGCUAGAUGUCCUAAUUUGUUGGGAAGAGGUGAAAAUCUUAGUGCGGAAUAUUCCCGUGGGACCAGACACUCGAUGGGAUACAAUGUAACGUUCACCAAACCACUACAGGGAGAUACUGAUAAAAGGUUGACAGCAAGUGUUUUCAAGACAUCAGGCGACUUCUUGUGCAGCUCUUACAAAGAGAUUGAUCAUGGUGUGCUUCUGGAAGCUAUGCUCCCCAGCUUUUUAGGUCAGCAUAACUUCAAAUGGGAAGGAAGCUGGAGAGAUGUUUCUUGUCUGUCUCGUACUGCUUCAUUUACUGUCCGUGAGAUGUCUGGCCAUUCUGUCAAGUCAUCACUUAAGCAUGUCUUCACCAGAGAUACAAGGAAUGAGCGCAUCUAUCCAACACAAGGUUAUCUCUUCCAAAUCUCCCAGGAGCUUGCUGGGAAUCGUCUUGGAGGAGACGUGCAAUUCUUGAAGGGAGAAGCUGAGAUCCAACUCAAUAAGAAACUUAUCAAAGAUUGUGUCAUUUCCUGUUCACUUCAAGCCGGCUUGAUGAAAUCGUUGAACUACACAGAAACACGAAUCAAUGAUAGAUUCUUCCUUGGUGGAGCAACCUCUGUCAGGGGAUUCAACUUCCGAGGUCUUGGGCCUCAUGCUGAUGGUGAUGCAGUAGGAGGAGAAGCCUAUUGGGCUGCUGGUCUUCAUCUAUUCACUCCUCUCCCAUUCAUGCCUGGAAGGGGUGGUUUAGGUGACCUCUUCCGUACCCACAUGUUUGUUAAUGCUGGCAACCUGUGCAAUCUUGAUCUUGAGGAACAAAAUGUCCAGCAGCAUCUAGAGCGAUUAAGAGACAACUUCCGAUGGAGUUACGGAGCGGGGAUUGUCUUACGCCUUGGUAGGAUUGCAAGGUUUGAGUUAAACUAUGUGAUACCCCGGACAGCUCUGCAUUCAGACAGUAUCAAUGCUGGUCUACAGUUUGGUGUGGGUGUAAGCUUUUUGUAGCAAGUGUGCAGCUCGUGGUUUUAUUUUGUGUAGAAUAAAUGAUGAAUGUAAGCUACUUCUUCAAAGGUUUUGAAGUUUUUACAUUCUAAAGGAAUCUACUUAGCUAGGUUUGUUUGAUUACAAAUUGGGAUCUACUUUGACCACAUAGUCUGAGUUCACAUGGUAAACAUACAAGAAUACAUAUACACGCAUAGACAGGGUCAAAACAACUACUUUGAAUAAUCUGUAUAGUGACUUGAUAAUGUAGAUAUUGCAGUCACAUGGUUGCUUUUGAGGGUCUCAUGCAGCAGUUCCAUAGAAGAGAACAUGUUGAGAUUAUCUUGGAGUUUGUGUGCAUAGACUUGUUCUUGUGAUAAAGAUGUGUCAUGAGUCUUAACCCUCCUUUGGUUUUACAGCACAAAUGUGCACAAAUGCCCACAGUCAUGGUGA